AUGUUUCUGGUACAUGUCGGCCUCCGCCAGGGCUGCUCCUUCAUGGACAGGAUCUCAGAUGAUGUGGACCUGUUGGCUUCUUCUGCUGCAGACCUUCAGCAGACACUGGAGAGGUUUGUAGCUGAGUGCAAAGAAGUUGGGAUGAGGGUGAGCACCUCAAAAUCUGAGGCCACGGUUCUCUGCCAAAAACGAUGGAUUGCUUCCUCCAGGUUAGUUUUUCCUGUGGAGUUCCAACAGCUUUCAGCGAUUAAAGAAGAGGUGUCCCUUUAUCAGCAUGACAGAGGCUCCAGUCUGAACCAGGAUAUUACCAAUUAUCCACAGAUUAAAGAUGAACCAGAGGAAUUGUGGGGUAGUCAGGAGGGAGAGCAGAAUCACUGCUCAGAGAAUGCUGAUAUAAUCAAGUUCACUUUUGUUCCUGUCCCUGUGAAGCUUGAAGAAGAUGAAGCGAAACCUCAGUCCUCACAUUUUCAUGAAACAGGUGCUGAUAGGGAGGACUGUGGAGGAGCAGGAGCAGCCAGGUACUUUGAUCCAGAGAGAGAUUUACAACCAGAAACUGUGGUCAAGACUGAGUACUCAUCUGGGAAUGAGACUGAUGACAGCACCAAUUGGAAGGAGCCAACAGAGCAUCAGUCAGGUUCAAACACAGUGGAAAACAUUAAAAAGAAGAGAGGAAGGACUAAUAAGAAAUCAUAUCGCUGCUCCGAGUGUGGAAAAAUAUGUAAACAGAAAUGGCAUCUAAUAGAACAUAGGAGAAUGCACACGGGUGAGAAACCAUUUUGCUGCACAGAGUGUGGUAGAAGAUUUUCCUGGCAAGGUGUUUUGAACAAACACAUGAGAACUCACACAGGGGAGAGACCCUUCAGCUGUUCUAAGUGUGGUAAAAGAUUUUCCAGACGGGGAAUUUUAGCCACACAUGUGAGAAUUCACUCUGGAGAGAAACCCUUCAGCUGUUCUAUAUGUGGUAAACGAUUGUCACGGCGGGGAGCUUUGACUAAACACAUGAGAAUACACUUAGAAGAAAAACUUUCUGGCUGCCCUGAGUCUGGUGAAAGAUUUAACCAGACCAAACACAUGUUGGUACACACAGUACAGAAACUCUUUCAAUGCUCUGACUGUGGGAAAAGGUUUAGUCAUAAAGGUUAUCUGACCAAACACAGGAAAACUCAUUCAGGAGAGAAACCCUUUAGCUGCUCUGAGUGUGGCAAACAAUUUAAGCAUAAACAUCUUGUCACAUAUCAUAUGCGAAGUCAUACAGGAGAGAAACCCUUUGACUGCUCUGAGUGUGGAAAGACUUUUAAUCGUAAUGGAAAUCUGACCAGACACCAGAGAACUCAUACAGGAGAGAAACCAUUUGACUGCUCAGAGUGUGGUAAAAGAUUUGCUUCUAAACCUAAUUUGAAAAGACACAUGAGAACUCACUCUGGGGACAAACCCUUCAUAUGCUCUGAGUGUGGUCAGAGAUUUACCCAAAAAGUUUCUUUGGCCAACCAUAUGACAAUUCACAAUAGACAGAAACCUUUUAGCUGCUCUGAGUGUGGUAAAAAUUUUACCCUCAAGCAUCAUCUCACAAAACAUAUGAGAACUCACUCUGGAGACAAACCCUUCAGCUGCUCUGAGAGGAAAUGGAGGGAGCUCAUGGAGAUGACGGUGGACGAUCAGAACCAGAUAGGAAAUCUGCUCCAGAGAGACAUUUAUAAUCAGGGACUGGGGUCAAGACUGAAGAUUCUUCUGAACCUGUGA